GUGGGACUAUUUUAAUGACGAAGGUCCGUCCGAGGGAUCAUUCUUGGAAUUUCUUUUCGUCGUCAAAAACAAACACAAAACAUUUCGUUCUAAUAUAAUCCUGUUUUAUAAAGGCGGAGCCAUGGGGCGAAGCAGAAGCAGGACGCCUCCACGACGAGAGAGGCGUCGGUCACGUUCAACUUCACGGGACCGUGAGAGACGACGUCGAGAACGAGAACGUUCCAGGUCUCGAGACAGGGACAGACGUCGCAGCCGUUCGCGGUCUCCACACAGGCGACGCUCUAGGUCCCCUCGCCGCCAUCGUUCCUCUUCCCUCUCUCCACAGCGAAAAGAUAGACGUGACGAUGACAAGAAAGACACAAAAGACAAGCCUGCAAAAGUACAUCAAAUAUCAGAGGAGGACAUGCAGGGCAAGACCGAGGAGGAGAUCGAGAUGAUGAAAUUAAUGGGAUUUGGAUCGUUUGACAGUUCCAAGGGCAAGAAGGUAGAUGGAUCAGUCAAUGCCCAUGCAAUCAAUGUCUCGCAGAAGAGAAAAUACAGGCAGUACAUGAAUCGGAAAGGUGGAUUCAACAGACCACUGGAUUUCAUCGCUUGAGCCUCUGCGGACAAUGAUUGGGUGUUUUUCAAAUGCUUUCCAGGACUUAUGAAAAUGGUGAAAUUAGUUGUAUUUAGCUGUGUUUUAUACUAUUGUCUGUAGAUAUCCUCCUAGACCACUGAACGACUUGAACUGUCUGUACGGCUUAAAUUCAGAGGCAUGCAGGUGCAGCAGGAAGUUUUGUUUUCUUUUAAGGAAUGACACUGCAGAGAGUCUCCUGUGCUGAUGUCAACAUAUGUGCAAAGUUCAUAAUACAAAUAAACCUAAAAUCCUUGA